AUGAGCCAGCUGGUUGUUAGGCCAGGGCGCAAUGCCGCCCGACAGGCCAAAAAGCUUAAAGAGAUCCGAAAAGUCAAAAACGCAAUCCAAUGGCACGAGCGGGAACGCAAGAAGCGACAGGAGCUCAAACAGGAACAAUGGGAUUCCAAACAAGCCGUCCUCCAGCGUAUAAUGUGGGAGAAUGAGCAUGUCAAGGGCGUCCGGAAACGGGCCUUGGCCAAUGCGAAGGAGGACUGGAAACUUGGGACCUUGAGGCCAAAUCGCGCCAUCGGCCCCGAUGCUGAGAAAUAUGGUGCUCUCAAGGGAGCCCAGAUCCAGAAGCCCGAGAUACCUGUCAAGACCCAGAAGAACCGGAAUGCUGUUAGAGAGAAGAAGGGCCUAGAGUUGGAGUACCCGCUAGUCGUGGACGACAAGAAGUACUUUCCGAUUGUAAAGGAUGAUCGUGUCGUGAUACUGAAGGGAAAAGAUGCGGGUAAGAUUGGUGUUGUGCAAGAGCUUGUUCCGAGAACACACGAUGUCGUCAUUAAAGACAUGAACAUGCAAUAUUUUGACACCGCCGUGUUCAAUGCCGCUGCCGAAGGUAUGGGGCCCAAGGUAGAGAAUGCGGUGCCUAUGCCGCUUGAUUACGUACGCCUAGUGGUACCCGCCGAGGUACAGCGAGGAAGCAAAAAGUGUUUCGAGGAUGUGGUUGUCGAGAAGAUCUUUAUGGAGCGACAUACGACUGGCAUCGACCCUUACACCGGUACCGACUAUGGCGACAACGUGAUCCCGGAAGCACACCAAUACGAUCCUCGAACCGGACUUCCCAUAUUCCACCGCUACAUCGCAGGCACACGGCAGCGGCUCGAAUGGCCAUGGGAACGCGAAGAAGAAAUUGAAGAUGUAGGCAUCACAAAAGAGCCAGAGACAGGCAAGCAAACAUGGCUCGGAAAGAUAAGCCAGCCGCUUACCAGCUUGAAUCGGUGGCGAAGCAAGAACAAGGAGGAGCGAGCUCAACAGGACGCAUCGAAGGACCUCACAACCGGUAACAUUGAAGAGAAGCUUGCUGAGAUCCAAAGGAUGGAGCAAGAGAGAUUCAAGGCCGCGACUCCAAGAAGUAUGGAUCCCAACCACCCCGGGGCCUACGACUUUGAUACAACGCGUAACAUCGUUGAGGGAUCAGAGUCUAUGGCUUACACGCUCGUUGCACCUCCUUUCCCCGACACACUUGGUGAGGAGCUUCGUGGCGAUAUACACGAAUUUUCCAUCAAAGCGAAGAAGGACAAGGACCCUGAUGCACCACGCUCUAUCAAGAUUGCACGACACUCUGAACAAGGUGUGCUUGCGCGAGAGAUUGCAAAGCAACAGCAGAGGGCUGCGGACGCAAUGAAGACACCCAUGCAACUGAGGUGGGAGCUUGAGCACCAGAAGAAGGUGCAGAGCCAGAAGGUGAAGCCACUCGUUGACCAGGAAAGUUUGCUGGCAGCGUUGGGUCAGCACAUGCAGAAGAGUGUUACAAAGCCGUAUUUGGGAAAGAAGCAGAUUCCCAGUCAAACAGCCGAUCUUGACUAG